UCCCGUCGUCUCGAUCGAAAUCGAAGACUUUUCGCCGAAUCGCCACUCAAUUUGUUCUUCCUAGAACGACACUAACCCCCUUGAGCCCCCCUUUUUUCCUUUUUCCUCAUCCGCUCCUCCUGAGCGCUCAAACUCUGCCACUCUUCCUCAGCCGCGCCGAUUGCCGACUCAAACGACUACACAGAGAUCAUGACGGCCCCCAAAAGCUACGAUGCGAAGCCAAGCUUGCAGACACCGCCGGUUCGCAGCCCAGGCGCACCCAACAAGGCCACCAGCCACGGCCAGAAGCCGAAGAACAUGAACGGGCCGCUCUAUAUGCAGAACGCUGGCAACAGCAAUGUCGUCCUCGUGCGACGCGUCCGGAGGAAAGACGCCAGCACCUGGAAGCUCUUCACGCAAUGGAUGGUCGAAAACCAGAUUGGCCUCUCGUUCAAUCUGCUCGCCCUCCUCUUCCUCGCCCAUUACUUCAUCCCGAAAGCCCAACCGCACACUACCAAGUUCUUCACCCUCUCCUACUACAAUGCGGCCUCGGGCAAAUACGGCAAAGGCAUCGACGACGCCUACAUGAUCCCUUUCUUCGUCGUACUCUUCACCGGCGUGCGCGCUGCCGUGAUGGAAUACAUCCUGGCCCCCAUCGCAAAGACCAUGGGCGUCCGCAAAACGAAGCAGCUCACCCGCUUCAGCGAGCAGUCCUGGUUGCUCGUCUACUAUUCGGUCUUCUGGACCAUGGGCGUUUACAUUUACUACAAGUCGCCUUAUUACUUCCUGAACCUAGAGGAGCUUUGGACCGGUUGGCCGGAAAGAGAACUCGGCGGCCUCAACAAGUUUUAUAUCCUCGCCCAGUGGGCCUUCUGGCUCCAGCAGAUCUUCGUCAUCAACAUCGAGGACCGCCGCAAGGACCACAUUCAGAUGGUGACCCAUCACUUCAUCACCUGCGGUCUACUGUACUCCUGCUACGCCUAUCACCACACGCGCGUCGGCAAUGUCAUUCUCGUGUUGAUGGACAUUGGCGACGUCAUUCUUGCUAUUGCCAAGUGCCUCAAGUACACGGGAUUCACUACCAUCUGCGACGUCAUGUUCGGCGUCUUCAUGGUCUCCUGGAUCUUCGCCCGCCAUAUCCUCUACCCCAUGGUGUGCUGGUCCAUCUAUGCUCACAUCCCACGCGUCAUUGGCUCCGGAUGCUUCGAGGGCCCGCCUGGCAAGUCCGUCGGCCCUACACCGACACCCGAGGGCUAUCGGUACCUCAUCGAACCCUUCUUCGACAUGAAGGGCCGUAUUUGCUUCAACCCGACCCUCCAGUGGGCCUUUUUGGCGCCGCUGCUGAUGCUGCUAUGCCUCACCUUCGUCUGGUUCACGCGCAUCGUCCAGGUUGCCGUCAAGGUCGUUCGAGGCGACGGGGCCGAGGACAACCGGAGCGACGACGAAGACGACGAGGAGGAGGAGGAGGAAGGGGGGGAGGGAGAGGAGUACGUCUACGAAGAGGCCCAGCCGCUCGAGGCGGAGGUGGGCGUGGAGGAUCUCGACCUGAAGAAUUGGGAGCGUCGCACCGGGCACAAGCGGCCGGCGACGGCCACGGGCGUCAGCUUGCCGGGCCACAGUGAUCGGAAGGAGCUCCUCGGCCGGAUCGGGUGCGAAAAGCAGGUGGAGUAGAAGAUGAUAUUUUGAACGCCCGGUUUGCCAGCGAAGAGCUCAAAAGUGUGUUUUGAGAGGGUCUCGAACUUGCGCGGAUUUCCAUACCCACGAUCCCGAUCCCGAUCCCGAUUCCCCGACUUUUCCAUGCACCAUUACCAAUUUUUAAUUUUUUUAAAUCAUUGGAGGCGAACGGCAUA